AUGCUUUCGAGAAGUUUGGCCUUGAAGAAGGGUCUCCAACAAGUCGCGAUUCAGAAAAGAUGUCUGUCGAUUCACGAAUUUAGAUCAGCAGAACUGCUUAGAAAAUACGGUGUUGGCACACCUGCGGGCGAAGCCGCUUUUGAUCCCAAACAGGCGUUCGAAGUGGCCGAAAAACUCGGGAAUAAGUCUUUGGUGGUCAAAGCACAAGCUUUGACUGGUGGUCGUGGAAAAGGCCACUUCGACACUGGAUUGAAAAGUGGUAUUCACAUGGUGGACAGUGCAGAACAAGCCGAGGGAAUUGCUGAACAGAUGCUGCAACACCGUUUGAUCACUAAACAGUCGGGCGCCAAGGGCAAGCCUGUGAGCGCCGUUUAUGUGGUGAAACGCGUGGACGCUAAACACGAGGCAUAUCUGUCAAUUCUGCUAGACAGAGGGUCCAAGAAGGCCAUGAUCAUUUGCUCGAGCCAAGGUGGUAUGAACAUCGAAGAAGUGGCCGAAAAGACCCCCGAUGCCAUCAAAAAAUUCACCGUGGACGCUUCUGAGGGCUUGACCCCAGAAGUGGCCUCUCAGAUCUCCAAGAGUUUGGGUUUUACCUCCGAGGCUGAAGCCGAUGCCGCUGACGCCGUCACCAAGCUUUUCAAGAUCUUCCAAGACAAGGAUGCAUCCCAAAUCGAAAUUAACCCAUUGAGCGAAGUUGUGGGCCAGGACACCAAAGUCAUGUGUAUGGACGCCAAAUUCGGGUUCGAUGACAACGCCUCUUUCAGACAAGAAGAAAUCUACUCCUGGAGAGACCUUUCACAAGAAGACCCAGAUGAGGUGGUGGCCAAGAAGUCGGACUUGAACUUUGUUAAGCUACAAGGUAACAUUGGAUGUUUAGUGAAUGGUGCCGGUUUGGCAAUGGCGACCAUGGACGUGAUCAAGCUCUACGGUGGUGACCCAGCUAACUUUUUGGACUGCGGUGGUGGUGCUACACCAGAGACCAUUGAGACCGCUUUCAAACUGAUUUUGUCGAACAAGAAUGUGGAUGCUAUUUUCGUCAACAUUUUCGGUGGUAUUGUGAGAUGUGACUACGUGGCACAAGGUUUGGUUGCCGCCACCAAGAACUUGGCCGUCGGUGUGCCAAUUGUGGCCCGUCUGCAAGGUACCAACUUGGAAGAAGGCCGUCGUAUCAUUGAGGAAUCGGGUUUGAAGAUUUACUCCUUCGAUGAAUUGGACCCAGCUGCGGAGAAAGUGGUUCAAUUGACCCAGUAG